CGGACGGCAGUUUCCUGCGCCUCUACGUUUAUCUGUUGUCAACUAUUAGGAACGGAGGAGGCUGUCGGUUCCGCUCAUCAAAAUGACUCUUCACACGUAACCACCGCAAGCUAAUGUCGUCUUCUAAGUGGACACCUGGGGAUUAGGACCAAAACAUUGCACUGACCCUGCCAAAAGAGCGAUCAUAAUGCCUCAGUGCGCGUGUCCGGGGCCGCUGUCCGCGGUCCAGCUCAAGCGCCUGGAGGAACACAAGUACAGCGCGGCCGGUCGCUCUCUCUUCGAGCCGCCCUGCCAGAUAUACUGGAACUGGCUGGUCCAGCAGAUCCCGACGUGGGUUGCGCCGAACACGCUGACCAUCACUGGACUCAUCAUUAACAUAUUAACGACGGUCAUUCUCGUGUACUACAGUCCCACGGCCACGGAGGAGGCUCCAGGUUGGGCCUUUAUUCUCAGCGCGUUAGGUCUCUUCAUCUACCAAUCACUGGAUGCCAUUGAUGGAAAGCAGGCCAGACGGACCAAUAGCAGCUCAGCUCUUGGGGAGCUCUUUGACCAUGGCUGUGACGCUGUUUCAACAGUGUUUGUUGCUGUGGGAACGUGUAUAUCCUGUGGGAUCGGCGCUUACCCUAACUGGAUGUUUUUUUGUGGCUUUGUGGGCAUGUUCAUGUUUUUCUGCGCACACUGGCAGACGUACGUGUCUGGAACACUCCGCUUCGGAUUGGUUGACGUGACAGAGGUCCAGAUUGCUAUUGUAAUCAUGUAUAUCAUGACAGCAUUCGGAGGAGUGAGUCUUUGGGAAACUAGGUUGCCUGUUCUUGGUGUGAAUUUGCAAACCUUUCCAAUUCUCGGCAUCAUCGGCGGGUUCCUGUAUUCAACCUAUAACUACUUCUACGUCAUCCUGAAUGGUGGUGUGGGCAAGAACGGCUCAACUGUCGCAGACACCAGCGUGUUGUCUCCUGGUCUACACAUUGGCCUCAUCCUCACUCUGGCCUUCAUCAUCUUUAAAAAGUCCUCAAGUCAGCUUUUUGAGCACCAUCCUUGCCUUUAUGUCCUUACAUUUGGCAUGGUGAUUGCCAAGAUCUCAAAUAAGUUGGUGGUGGCCCAUAUGACCAAGAGUGAGCUUCAUCUUCCUGACUCAGCUUUCAUUGGUCCUGGACUCCUCUUCCUAAAUCAGUAUUUCAACAGCUUCAUUGAUGAACACAUCGUGCUUUGGAUCGCCAUGGUGCUGUCCCUGGUGGAUCUGGUGCGUUACUGCACGAGUCUGUGCCUGCAAAUCGCCUCGCACCUACGAAUCCGAGUUUUCAGCAUCACCCCACAGGGCCACUCCCACAGAGACUGACAAUUUGCCCGGCGGGAGGAGGAAGCGGGAUCGAAGAAUGAAGAUGUCGUCCCGCUUCUCAAAGUAGAGCAGGAGAACCCCACCAACCAAAACCGCAACGGCCUUGACAGUGUGACCACCACAGACUAACAGAACUGUACGUUUUUCCAGGUUUGACCAGACCAUCUUGAGUAAGACCAGCUCAUAUUGUUUUUUUUUUUUAACUACACUAAUGUACACUAGAAUAACUCACUGGAUGAAAAGAAAAAGUUUAGACACAACGAAAUGUACAAAACACGGCCUCAGGGCCAGAGGGUCACUUAGCCAUGUUCAAGUUUUCUGUUGCCUUGAAAUGGUUCAUUCUGUGCUGGAAUUAACUAUAGAUUAUUAUUAUCAUUAUAAUUUUAAAGAAUACAUUGGAAAUUGUUGAUAAAAUCAAAUAAUCAUUAACUAAAUUUGAAUUGGCCAAAAAGUUUGCAUAGAAAAAAUUCCUAAAUAUUUCUCAUUCAAAGCAUUUGAUCAAAGAUAAAGAUGAGAGGAAAGAAUCCAAAAAUAGUUCAUGGGAGGACACAUUUUUGUCUCACUGUAGUAUUCAUCAGAAUAGAUUUGCACUUUGUUUUUUGGGUUUGAUCAUGUUUGUCAAUUUUAAACAAAAAAGGGAAGCUACAACUGCAGUUUGGGCAAUCAAUUAAUAAUCUUCUGCUGUUUUUUUUUUUAAUUAAGCCCAUUUUUUACAUUAUAUGUCCAUCAUUUUAUUUAGACUUCUUUUUAUACCUCUGAUCUUGGUAAAGUACAAAAGAAAAAAGUAUUACAUAUUUCGUUAUUGUUUUUAAGACCUCAUAUAGUCGACAAACUGCCAAUGGUUUACAACACAGAACCAUUUAGGAUUUUUACUGUCAUUAAAAAAGCAGCUAUUUGUAGAUCUUGCAAGACUUUAUAUAAAAAAUAAGAAUAGAAAUAAACUUUGCCCAAACAGCCAUUGUAGCUUUAAGAAGUAAUAGGAAACUUUUUGUGAUUGUCCAGUGAUUACAGUGUAUGUAUUUAUUUUAAUAAUCUGACUGAAUUUAGUGUGAAAUUAAGUCAAGCCUGUUUAAAACAAAAAUAAUAAUUGAAAGAACGUAAUUGUCAAGGAUUGUGGCUGUGCACAAAAACAGGGACGAGUUUUUUGGAGGGGGUUUAGAGGGAUUUUGGGGGGUGUUGGGGGGUGUUGAUCCUCUGUGCCUGUUUUAUGAUGCACUAUCUCUGCCUGCUUAGAAUCAUCUCCUCCCAAAGGGCUAAUAAAAACAAUAAAUUUUGUGUGAUUUGAAUAGAA